CAUGAUUUAUGAUUAUAUUCGACUCUUUUGUGUCAUAUUUAAACAUUGGAACAUCACUUUCUCCCUCUCAAUCCAUCACUGCUCCAUUGGAUAGCGUCACUCAGAUACAAUUAAGAAAUGACGCUAAUAUUUCAUAGUGAUGAUGCAGUAAGUGAAGCAACACAGAUUGAACUGUUUCAAGUGGUAUCAAUUUUCAGAUCUGGCAUUUCUUUUGUCCAGUCAACAUACCCUUUCAAGUGCUUGGAGUUGUAUUACUCUACAAACUAACUACACUGGGACUUGACUAUGUUUUUGACAAGCAAUGUCCACUGUGCUCCUCUGCAUGUGUCUUCUCUAUCCCAAUUGAACUCCCAAAGUGUCUUUUCUGUGAAGUACGCUGUAAAGUUGUUGAAAAAGUUAGCUGAUGACGGGAACUUCAAAUUGGGAAAAGUUGUCCAUGCGCUUCUUAUUGUAUCUAAUCAUGCCUCAGAAAACCACGUAAUUCAGAAUAAUUGUCUCAUUAAUCUCUACUCAAGGUGUGGACAACUUUCUAUUGCUCGGCACAUAUUCAACAGAUUGCGGCAACGAAAUAUAGUUUCUUGGAGCACUUUAAUGACAGGAUAUUUGCACAAUGGGUUUACUUGGGAAGUACCCAAAUUGUUGAAAGACAUGGUUUCAGUGGAUAAUUUAUUUCCAAAUGAGUAUGUCUUGUCUACUGUACUUUCUUCUUGUUCUAAUGGUGGUUUGCUACACGAAGGGCGGCAGUGUCAUGCAUUAGUAUUGAAAUCAGGAUUAGUGUUUCAUCAGUAUGUGAAGAAUGCUCUUCUAUCCUUGUAUACAAUGUUUUCAGAUGUGGAAGGGGUUCUGGAAAUCUUGAAGUCUGUUCCUGGAUCAAACAACAUUACUGAUAAUGUUGUACUAAAGGGCUUCUUGGAUCACGGGUAUACAAAUGAAGCAUUGGAUGUCUUCUCAAGGAUGUUGUCUGAGGGCUCGGUGAGGGACAAAAUCAGCUAUGUGAAUAUAUUUGGUCUUUGUGCUCGUCUCAAGGAUUUGAAAUUGGGUAAGCAAGUUCAUUGCAGAAUGUUGAAGUCAGGUCUUCAGCUUGAUGUGUUUUUAAGCAGUGCAGUCAUGGACAUGUAUGGAAAGUGUGGUGAAAUUUUAGGUGCAAGAUGUAUCUUUUAUUCUUAUCCUGACCAUAAUGUGGUGUCCUGGACAACAAUCUUGGCUGCAAAUUUCCAAAAUGAGUGCUUCGAGGAAGCCCUGAAAAUGUUCUUACAAAUGGAACUUCAGGAUGUUGUGCCAAAUGAAUACACAUUUGCAGUAUUGUUGCAUUCCUGUGCGGGUCUAUCAGCACUUGGGUGUGGGAAAACAUUACAUGCACGUGUUGAGAAGACGGGAAAUGGAACUUUUGUCGUUGUGGGGAAUGCUCUAAUCAAUAUGUAUGUUAGGAGUGGCCAUAUUGAAGCCGCUAGGGCCUUAUUUUCAAACAUGAUAUGUCGAGAUACUGUUACUUGGAAUUUGAUAAUAUCAGGUUUCUCUCAUCAUGGGCUUGGUGAGGACGCAUUGUAUAUGUUUCAGGACAUGUUAGCUGCCAAAGAGCAACCAAACUAUGUAACCUUUAUCGGGGUUUUAUUGGCUUGUGGGCAUUUGGGUAGGAUAGAAGAAGGUUUGUACUACUUACAGCAUCUAAUGAGGGACUUUGGCCUUGAACCUGGGUUGGAGCACUAUACCUGUGUUGUAGGGCUCCUUGGCAAAGCUGGUAAACUUGAUGAGGCUGAGAAGUUCAUGAGGUCGACACCAAUCACAUGGGAUGUUAUUGCUUGGCGUACUUUGCUAAAUGCUUGUAACGUCCACCGCAAUUAUGGUUUAGGACAGAAAGUGGCAGACCAUUUGUUACGAUUGAACCCCAACGACGUGGGAACCUAUAUAUUGUUGUCCAAUAUGCAUGCCAAGGUGAAAAGGUGGGAUGGUGUAGCAAAGAUGCGGAAGUUAUUAAGAGAAAGGAACAUAAAGAAAGAACCGGGAUUGAGCUGGACUGAAAUACGAAAUGAAACUCAUAUGUUUGUUUCUGAUGACACACAACACCCGGAGACAGCUCAAAUCCAUGAGAAGGUGAGAAAGUUGUUGGCUGAAAUAAAACCAUUAGGUUAUGUUCCAGACACGAAUUCUGUCUUGCAUGAUGUUGAACAAGAACAACAAGAGGGUUAUCUUAGUUACCACAGCGAAAAGCUGGCUGUCGCAUAUGCUCUCAUGAAAACACCAUCCCAAGCACCAAUUCAUAUUAUUAAGAAUCUCAGGAUAUGCGAUGAUUGCCAUUCUGCUUUGAAGCUUAUCUCAAAGGUCACAAUGAGAAUGAUAGUUGUAAGAGAUGUCAAUCGAUUCCACAGUUUUCAAAAUGGGUCCUGUUCGUGUGCAGAUUAUUGGUGAUACAUCACAUGAUUGACAAAUAGUUUCUUCCAAGGUGUCGAAGGAUAUUUUUUCCUGCUGCUACCUAAGAUUGGUAAACAAACUCACACAAUCAUAUCUCAGCCAACCAGAAGUAGUGAGCUUUAAAAUAAAGCUUUCUUGACCAUCAAUCAUAAAUCUGCCAGAGGUGAGUACCAACUGUCGGUGCUCGAUUUGGAACAGAUCCAAGAUCUGGCAUAACAAGAUGCCCUUUAAGAUCUCAUUUGAUGUCUCGAGACUUCUCAAGGAUAAGCUGGCCACUGAUGUUAAUCUCUCCAGGUUUAAGAUCCACGGACCUUCCAGAUGUUGUUGUUGUAACAAUGGUUCUAUUGAAACAAAUAAUCAUCUUAUUAAUGAGGGAGAACUGGCCAAGAGAGUGUGGAAAUACUUCUAUGAUGUGUGGAAUUCCUCGUAAAAAUUCCCUAAAUAUUAGAGCUAAAUUCAUGGCAUGGUGGCUCAUCAAGCCUCAAAACCAAGUACGUGAAAUCAUUCUUCAAUAUCUUCCUAGUUUUAUUUCUUGGGAAAUCUGGAAAUUCAGAUGCUCUUAUCAAUAUGAUGGCAUCAGGUCGACUACUAACAGAGUGAUUGAUGAAAUCACCAUGCUGAUACAGAGGACUCUUGCAGCUCAAUUUACCACCAUAAACUUCUCCCCUCCUUUUUCAAAUAUAUUCCAUGUUGUGGAAAGAAUCAGGCCUCAACUAUCUAUCAUUCCAGCGAGUUGGAAAUGUCCUGAUAUCGGGAAAUAUAAACUUAAUAUUGAUGGUUAGUGCUGGAGCAGGAGGAAUUUUGAGAGAUCACAAUGGACAUAUGGUCAUGGCUUUCACAUCUUACCUUGGGGAAUGCUCUAACAACUAUGCAGGGAUUCAAGCCAUAAAAUGGUGCUUGGAUAACGGUUUCAGAAAUCUGAUUAUCUGCUUACUAUUCAUAUGAUCAACAGCAACAUAUCCACCUCCUGGCUUUUCAAAGAUGAGAUCAAGAAGAUUCAAGCCAUGAAUGCAGAGGGUCUGAUUCAAUUUAAUCUUCAGAGAAGGAAUUCAACUGCCAAUCUCCUGGCCAAUCUUGCAGAGUUUAAAAAGUACAAUUCUUUCUUCACAACAGCUAUCAACUUGCCUAUGUAGAUUAUAUCCACUUUGAAGAAUGAAAACAAAAAACAGGUCCAAAUUUUCGAAUAAUAGUGAGGCGUAGCGUGGAGGCAAUAUAUACACCCUUGCCUUGAAAAUGAAAACUUUAACAGUAUAUUUUCCAUUACAAGUGCAAAGAGAAGAAUGAAAUCGAUUUCAAUUGUCUGGUAAACCCACACAACAGAUCAAAUAAUCGACUUUGGUGUAUUACAACAGAAAACCCCACCCACAAUCAAGAAAAUGAAAAGAAAAAAAAAAUUAAGAAGAAAAGAAA